CGUCAAGCAGGGCUGCGGGAGAAGGGAAAAGAGGGGAAAGAAAAAAAAAACCUAGAACUCAAUUACAAGAAAUCAGAACUGAAGCUCAAGGAAUGGAAGUUACUCCAUUAGAACGUGAUCCGGGACUACGUAUUCCAAUAAUGCAACAUGAUGUUAACAAGCGUGAUGAAGUUUGAAGAGCAUAUUUGAAGUUAGGACUUUAUCAACCUAAAUUAGAUUAUCCACUCUCUAAAUUCGGAAAGAAAAACUAUCCACCAAAGAAGCCAGCAUUCACUAGUGAAGGUCUCAGAAGAUGUUGCUCAGUUAAUAGUGGAUCAGAUUGUCUAUUCCAAACUCACUCGGGAAACGUUGAUUCUGGACACUCCACUGCCAAAGGGAAUUCAGAUGAUCUAAAGAAUUCAACUCAAAGAAUCCGUCUCUUAAUGGAAAGAAAAAGAAAAGAAGAUGUGAAGAGAAAUAGGUUGCGUGUCAAGGCAACAAUUGAAUGUUUAAUGUGGCUUGCUUUCCAACAAUGUGCAUUCAGAGGUUAUGAUGAGUCAAAAAGUCCAAGGAAUCGCGGGAAUUUUAUUGAGUUGUUAAAGUUUUCAGCAACACUUAAUGAAAAUGUGAAUUCAGUUGUUUUGGAAAACACUCCUGGAAAUGCCAAAUAUACGUCACCGAGUGUUCAAAAAGAGAUUUUGAGCAUUAUAUCUAACAGAGUUGGAAGUAAGAUUCGCGAGGAAAUUGGAAAUGCUAAAUAUUGUAUACUUGUUGAUGAAUCCAGAGACGCUUCCAAGAAAGAGCAAAUGGUGAUUGUUUUAAGGUAUGUAGAUAUGUAUGGUUGUGUUCAAGAAAGGUUUUUUGAUAUUCAACGUGUUGAUGAUACAUGCGCAUUAACUUUGAAAAAAGGAAUAACAACAAUCCUUAAUUAUUAUGGUCUUCAAAAGAAAAAUAUGCGAGGGCAGGGGUAUGACGGCGCUAGUAAUACGCGAGGUCAUUGGAAUGGGUUACAAGCUUUGUUUCUCAAAGAAUGCAAAUAUGCUUAUUAUGUUCAUUGCUUUGCACAUCACUUUCAAUUAGCUCUUGUGAAGACAUAUGAAGCGAUGGGUCCUAUUUGGAAAUUCUAUUCAAUGUUAACAUCAGUAGUUAAUCUCGUUACAGCUUCUUCUCAUCGUUUUGGUGACUUUCAAUCUGCCCAAGAAGAAGAGAUUGAAAAAGGGUUAGCUAAUGGUGAACUUGAGACAGGAAAAGGGGCAAACCAAAUAGGUACUUUGCGUCGUGCUACAGAUACUCGUUGGAGUUCUCAUUAUGGUUCUGUAUGCAGCCUGAUUGAUAAGUUUGAAGCAACUUGUACAACAAUAGAUCAUAUUGGAGCAAGCGAUCCGACGUGA